UUUGAGGUGAGAAUGAUGGCGUCUGAGGGCCUGCAGGUGGUGUACGACAGUGUGAGUAACAUGAGUUACGUCUACCUGGAGCUGCUGCCCCUCAACUGCUCCUUCCUCAACUGGACGGAUGGCCUCAACGGCACCAACUGCAGCGGGGAGGUGUUCGAGGGCCGGGUCUUCCCCAUCCUCAACGAGACGGUGCAGCGCAUGACCCUCAUCUUCCUGGCCUUCGGGUUCUUCCUGGGGCUGUGCGGCAACACCCUCGUCAUCUACGUCGUCGUGCGGUUCUCCAAGAUGCAGACGGUCACCAACCUCUACAUCCUGAACCUGGCCAUCGCCGACAUGCUCUUCGUGGUUGGGAUCCCGUUCCUGAUGACCACCACGGCCGUGGAGUACUGGCCCUUCGGCUUCGUCAUGUGCAAGCUCUUCAUGAUCACGACGUCGCUCAACCAGUUCACCAGCUCGCUCUUCCUGACCAUCAUGAGCGCCGACCGGUACAUCGCCGUCUGCCACCCCAUCAGCUCCCCCAAGUUCCGGACGCCCAUGAUCUCCAAGCUGGUGUCCCUGACGGCCUGGAUGAUCUCCGCCCUCAUGAUCAUCCCGGUCUUCAUGUACUCCAACAUCCUCAACGACAGCAACGGCCAGGCCAGCUGCAACAUCUACUGGCCUGACUCCGUCGGGGUCAACGGUCAUACAGUCUUCACUAUCUACUCCUUCGUCCUGGCCUUCGGUUGCCCCUUCGCCCUCAUCUUCAUCUUCUACUCUUUAGUUAUCCUCAAACUCAAAACCGUUGGGCCCAAGUCGAAGUCGAAGAAGAGAAAGAGCCACAGGAAGGUGACGAAGCUGGUGCUGACGGUGAUCACGGUGUACGUGCUGUGCUGGCUGCCGUACUGGGUGCUGCAGCUCAUCCUCACCUUCAGCAUGCCCAAGCAGGUGCAGAGUCGGGUCAUGAUCAUCUUCUUCCUCAUCUCCUCCUCGCUCUCCUACAUCAACUCCGCCAUCAACCCCAUCCUCUACGCCUUCCUCAGCGAGAACUUCAAGAAGAGCUUCCUGAAGGCGUGCACUUGUGCCGCAAGAAAGGACAUCAACAACGCCCUGGCGGCGGAGAACUCCAUGUUCUCCAAGAGGCGCGGAGGAUCAUCGAAGCGCCCCAAGGUUGCCAAGGAGGCCCGGGAGCUGGAGUCCAACGACGGCUGCGUGAGAGAGGUCAUACUGCCGCUUUCCGCCGCUCGCAGACCUCUGGUUCCCCGGGACGACGCCUUUCUCAACGGACGACCUCUCACCUCACACCUCUAGUCUAGAACCUGAGGAGAUGCUUACCAAUGGUGUGUGAGAUCACCACACCUAGUCGUCCCUACCAGUGGUGUGUGAGAUCACCACUAGUCGUCCCUACCAGUGGUGUGUGAGCUUACGACGCAACACAAAACCGUUUUACCAGUGGUAUUGACUAUCUACUUCCAUGUGGUGUCAGCCACAUCCCUCCCUGCCAGUGGUGUGAGUGUGUCACAUCACCAACCCUCCAUAUCAGUGAUGUGACCUUAUGGCAGCGUCACAUUCCGUGACAGUGGUGUGACCUCGUCCCCCACACUCCCCGCCC